AUGCACGUCUACGAAAAGCUACAAAACGAUGCUGUGCUGGAGGCAUUGAAAGCAGAAGCGAACCAACACUACAGGGACAUCAUCAGACAGUGCAUGAUGACACUUGUGCCGGCAAUCGACAAGGCCACAAAGAUUGUCAUUUGCAUGCUAGUUGCAUCCCGCUCUUGCGCAUGCAUCGUGAACCACAGCGAGGCCGCGGAGCGCGCGAAGAUGAUGUAUCACCCAGACAAGGAGCACCGCGCGGAAAACCCAUGA